UGCAAGGUGAAUGGUCCGACCUGGUUCUUUGUAACGCGUUCAAAACUUUACGCUACCAACCUAUGUCUCAGUUAUCCGAAUAUCCUAACCUUAAGAUUGUGUAAUUCCUGACUGUUGUUGACUUCUCUCAUUAUCAAAAAUCUCAAUAUAUUUCAAAUGACCGUCCCAAAUGAUGUUGCUCUAUAUGAUCUUGCGAUCAAAGCAGGAGUUCCUAUGGAUAACAAAGUUUUUAGAAGAGUAUAUGGCUUGAUUUCACUGGGUUGCAGUCCAGACGUCAUUUUUUCAAUGUUAAAAUAUCUCACAUCUGUUCAAUUAGUCGAUUCUACAGAAUUAGGCGAUCGUAAUUCAAUAUCCAAUAUUAGUACAACUACUAGCAGGAGUACUGAACAACAUCAUCAGGUGAAUCGAUCGAGAUUCCUAGCAAGUCGGAAUUUAGAAUCACAACAAAGUUUUCUUGGUACUUUUAGUGAUUGUGAUCAAUAUUUUAAUGGACGGAAUUAUGAAUUAUGUAGAAUGCUGUCAAAUAAACCGAGAGUUACACAACAUCAUCUAUAUUCAAAACCAAACUUAUAAUGUGGUGUAGCAACUCGAACUGAUGUACACACGUACGAAGUUCUACGUUGUUACUGACUGACUGAAACUUAUAAUGCCAUACUACAAACUAGUAUAAGUAAAUUGUGUCCAGAUUUUGUUUCUUACAGUUAAGCUUUUUAAUUCGUGAUGUUGGUUCUUUUUUAAAAUGUAUUAUUGUUUAUAAAAGGCCUUAUUUUGUACCUCCUACAUCAAUUAGUUUAUUCAAGAGAUAUGACCAUAAAUAUUUCUACGGAAA